AGGGGGACCGGGAGCUGGGGCUCCCGAGCUAGCGACAGCGGGCGGGCGAGGAGCUGGCAGAGGCGCGGGGCAAGCGGGCCUGCCGGGGCGGGCGAAGCCCGGGGGCCGCGGGGCUCGGGUGCGAGUCCGGCAGGGCGAGGGGCCGAGCGCCGGGAGCAGAGCGAGGAGGCGGCGGCUGCGGCGGGGGUGGAUGGCCGCGGGCGCGCCGGGGCGCCGCGUCGGGCUUGCAGUCUCGGGCCCCCAUGGUCCCCUAGCGCAGCCCCGGGGGCCGCUGUGCGCCGCGCUCCGCUCUCGCCGGCCCUGCUCCGCUCGUAGUCUCGGGUCUGGGGCGGGCGUGUGAUGUGAGCCGCUGGGCGAGCGGCGGAGAGAAGUGCCAAGAGGAGGAGGGAUCGGGGCUGGAGAGGAGCGCGAGUUAGUCAGCAGAGGUCGGCCGAGGGAGCCAUGAAAACAACUCUCCGGCGGGGAGCGGGGCCGGCGCGGCGCUCGGGGCGGCGGGGCUGAAGGAAAUCCGGGGCCGCGGCGGGACGGAAGGGGCCCGCGGGGCAGGGGCGGGCGCCCGGCUGGAAGCCUACCCGGGGCCGACCCCCGACAGGCCCGGCCCGCACGGGGCUGCGGGUGGUCCCAGCGCGGGGGUGGGGGGAGCGGCCCGGGUCGGCCGGGUGGAGUUCUUUUGGGGCUGGGGGCUGGGCUCGAGGAGAUGCCUCGCGUUUCCUUCUGACCCCCUGACUGUGUGAACUUGGCCGCGGCGGCCGCAGGAAGGCCAGCCCGGGGGUGAUCGCACAGGUGAGGCCCGCGGGGCGGGCGCAGCUCUUGGCCGGGAGCUGGGGGUCUGGAAGAGUUUCCUGCGCCCGGGCACCAGGUCGGAGAAUUUCUAGACCAGCCACUGCGAGGGCCCACUGUUCCCAGCGGCGUUUUUUACAAAGGGCAUUUUGAAAACGGAACAGCAGCCACGGAAUCAGCGGCGAGCCUGUUGAAAGAACCCACGCGUGUAUUUCACAGCACCCUGGGUGGAAAUUGGAUGUGAAAAUGAAGCCAGACCGAGAUACUCUUGAUGAAUAUUUUGAAUAUGAUGCAGAAGAGUUCUUGGUCUCUUUGGCCUUGUUAAUAACAGAAGGACGAACACCUGAAUGUUCUGUGAAAGGUCGCACGGAAAGUUUCCAUUGCCCUCCAGCACAGUCCUGUUACCCAGUAACUACCAAACAUGAGUGUAGUGACAAGCUGGCCCAGUGUCGCCAAGCCAGACGAACCAGGUCUGAGGUCACAUUGUUGUGGAAGAAUAACCUUCCCAUCAUGGUGGAAGUGAUGCUCCUACCAGACUGCUGCUACAGCGAUGAUGGGCCCACCACGGAAGGAAUUGAUCUGCAUGAUCCUGCGAUUAAGCAAGAUGCAUUGCUGUUAGAGAGAUGGAGACUGGAGCCAGUUCCCCGACAGAGUGGCGAUCGAUUUAUUGAGGAGAAGACUCUUCUAUUGGCUGUCCGCUCAUUUGUGUUUUUCUCUCAAUUAAGUGCUUGGCUGAGUGUUUCUCAUGGUGCUAUUCCACGAAAUAUUCUUUACAGAAUCAGUGCUGCUGAUGUAGACCUACAGUGGAAUUUUUCACAGACUCCAAUUGAGCAUGUGUUUCCUGUUCCCAACGUUUCUCACAACGUGGCCUUGAAAGUCAGCGUUCAGUCCUUGCCCAGACAAUCUAAUUACCCAGUUUUGACCUGUAGUAUUCACGCUAAUAUUGGCCUUUAUGAGAAAAGAUUUCAAGACCAUGAACUUAAAACCCAUCAGCACCGUGGUUCUAAUGAAGCAGAACAAUGUGGUACAAACAGUUCACAGCAUCUGUGUAGCAAACAAACUUGGACCCUGGCACCUGAAAGUGUACUACAUGCAAAGAAUGGUACAACUCCAGAAUAUACUGCAGCUGUCAAAAAUGUCAAACUGUAUCCGGGCACUGGCAGUAAAUCUGACUAUGGAACGUCUCAAGCCAGUAUUCUGGGCUUCAGUGGUGUAGGAGACAAAAAGUCACAUGAAACAUCAGUGAGAACUUUAAAAUCAUUUUCAAUGAUUGAUUCCAGUGUCUCUAGCCGCCAGAGUUCCUGGCAGUCAGUCAGUGAGACUAAUCCUCUAAUAGGCUCUUUAAUUCAGGAGCGACAAGAAGUUAUUGCGAGAAUUGCGCAGCAUUUGAUUCAUUGUGAUCCAAGUACUUCACAUGUUUCUGGACAUCCGUUUAAUGCGCAAGAACCUAGUUCACUUAAUUCAAGGUUUUUCCGGGUUUCACAAGAAAAUGAAAAUGUGAGAAGAUGUAAAGAAGCUUUCUCCAUUUCUUUUAGUAGUCCAGAGCUUACCUCCUCAGAAGACACCAAUGAAGGGAAAAUUCGAGUAAAACCAGAAACUCCUCGAAGUGAGAGUUGCAUUUCUAAUGGUCUUUAUUCUCGUCAGCCUGUUGGUGAGACUAAUCCUUUGAUAGACUCGUUAUUCCAGGAGCGGCAAGACGUUAUUGCAAGGAUUGCUCAACACUUGGAGCAUAUUGAUCCGGCGGCAUCGCACAUGCCCCGGCAGUCAUUCAAAAUGCAUGACUCCAGUUCGCUUCCUUCUAAAGUGUUUAGGAGUUCGUAUGAAGACAAAAAUUUGUUGAAGAAGAACAAGGAUUAUGCCUCUGUUUCCAUUUCUAAUGCGAAAUUUUCCUUGUUAGAAGAUAGCAGUGAAGGGAAAAACUUAAUACCUAAUAAAUCUUUUAGUUCUUUUAAAUGCAGUAGUAAAGCCAAGUCCUCUUUGAAACCUCAAACAAGACAUCUGUAUCAGGACAAUCCUGGUGAAAUCAUCCAAAGUACAUGUCAAGAGACCCAGAGCAAAGCCACUAGUUUACUGACUCCCUCAAAUAUGUCUCAUUGCAAAGAAAAUAACUUAGAUUUGACAAUCAGAUUGGAAAAUACACUUUCCGAGUGUCAAUUUAAGGAGCAAGAAAUAAGCAAUGGAAUUGAUAAACAGUAUUCAAAUUGCAACGGUAUUGACAAACAGAUUUGUGCAAAUAAAUGUAAGGAAAAAAUAAUAAUAAAUGAAAAUUGUAAUCCAGAAUCUUUUAACAAUCACCAAUUUGAUAAUUCAAAAAAAAAUGACUUGAAAAUGAAAGUUACUAUGUUGAAAAUAUCAGGAUAUUUGAACAAACAUGAAAACAAGUGCUCAAAUAAAGACUCAAAAAGGCCUCAUACUCAACUCAAUAGUAUUGAAAAUUAUCUCAAUAAAGAUAAUGAAAGUUUCAAAUGCAAAAAGCCAGACCAAUUGAAAAAUGAACAGGAUAAAAAACAAGAUCCAACUGAUGAAAAAUCUCAAAACUGUUCCCAGAGAAAGAGCAUAAAAGACUGUUUGUCUACAUGUGAACGACUGAAAAAUACAGAGGUGUUGCAGAGGACUAUACCACUGAAACAUUCAAGUGUCUGGCAGAAACAUAAUUUUCAUUCCUUAGAUGGAAUCUCGACCAGAGCCUUUCAUCCUCGAACUGGAUUGCCUCUUCUUUCAAGUCCCGUUCCUCAAAGAAAGACACAAUCAGGUUGCUUUGAUCUGGAUUCUUCUUUACUGCAUCUGAAAAGCUUGUCAUCUAGAAGUCCUCGACCAUGUUUAAAUAUUGCAGAUGAUCCAAAUAUUCAUGAAAGACCAUUUCUGAGUUCUAGUGCUCCACCUAUAACAAGCCUUAGUCUCUUGGGAAAUUUUGAGGAAUCUGUCUUGAACUAUCGUUUAGAUCCUCUCGGCAUUGUUGAUGGUUUUACUGCCGAGGUAGGGGCAAGUGGUGUUUUCUGCCCCACGCAUUUGACUCUUCCAGUUGAAGUGUCGUUCUACAGUGUUUCAGAUGAUAAUGCUCCCUCUCCUUAUAUGGGUGUGAUUACUUUAGAGUCCCUUGGUAAAAGGGGUUAUCGAGUACCUCCUUCAGGAACAAUACAAGUGACCUUAUUUAAUCCUAAUAAGACUGUGGUGAAGAUGUUUGUUGUGAUAUAUGACUUACGAGAUAUGCCAGCCAAUCAUCAGACAUUCCUACGACAAAGAACUUUUUCUGUACCUGUUAAACAAGAAAUGAAGAGAAGUGUUAAUAAAGAGAACAUCCGACAUACAGAAGAACGGUUAUUACGCUACCUCAUACAUCUGAGAUUGAGAAGGGGAAAAACUUCAGCAAGAACAGAAGAGUGAGCCAGUCAGAGGUCUGCUUUCAUUUAUACAACUGACCAUCAGAUCUUUCAGCUAAUUUAGGAAUAAAAUCCACAAACCCAGAGAGUAUUUCUGCGAUGCCGAGGGGAAAACAGAGAAAUUAGCACUGCAAGGUGUGUUUGACUCUAUGCCAGAUAAGUUUGUACAGUUGAAGACCCCAGCCCCCUGUAUUAUGCUGUAGAUAUUAGCAGGGGACAGAAACAGUUCCAUAUUCAGUUUUGAUAACUUUUCAUUUCACUGCUAACUUUUCUCUUGAUUUUUAAUGAUUUUAUUUAGCUAGCCACUACUGAUGAUAGCAGUCCUUUCUCCUCCUAUGAUUGUCCUCAAAACUUAAUUAUUUUCUGUGGUCACUUUUCAAGUGUGGAAUCCAUGCUAAUCCACUCAAAAUUAUGGGAGUGCAAGUUGCAUGAAAUGGGUCAGUCUGUGCAGCUAGAAGAUGCUAGGGCUGCAAAGCCCAAGUGUAGUAUAAUUGGCUGAUGUGAACUGAAACUUGACGGUGUAGAUGAGGAAGGGUGCGCAUGCUGUGGGGUCAGGGAUGAAAAGUAGGAUUGCAUGUGAAACCCAUGUUCACAGGAAGAAGCAUCUCUGGCACUGUAAGAGGGAGGGGAGUGUGGAGUGUUUAGGGAAUAGUAAGGCAGAGGCACUUAAAUAGGCAGUAUAAGACCUUAAAUAUCUUGUUAAUGAGUUACUGUUAAUAUUGUAGCAAGAUUAAUUCUUCCUGCUUUCAUAAUUUACUUUCUCAGGUUGUUUGUUUUAAAGACUCAUUCCCUGA